UCCCCGUGUGCGAGUGGAGGUAAUUUUACGCCAAUAGAAUAGUGUGCGUUCGCACCUCCGUGCUUUCAUUCUGCCAGCAGGAAACGGACGACACUGACGCUGUUCCGGCGAACACCUCCUCACGCCACACCACAACGCCAUUCCACAACAAGAGUCGCUGCCGGCCGAGGAAAGUCCACUUGCCGCUGACAGGACCACGAACCGUUCAUUCACGCCUAGCAGAUCAUCGACCUGAGUUGGAAUCAAGAUGGCGUACAUGAAGUCACCGUACGGUAUGAACGGACUGAGUCUGUCCAACCCGAGUAUCGACCUGAUGACGCAUCACCACCACCCUGGGGUCGGGGUUAGCCAGUACUACAACCCGACAAGCGCUUACACAGUGGCGGGACAGUGCCCGCCUCCUCCCCGGAAACAGCGCCGGGAGCGCACGACGUUCACGCGGGCCCAGCUGGACGUGCUGGAGGCGCUGUUCGCCAAGACGCGCUAUCCAGACAUCUUCAUGCGCGAAGAAGUGGCGCUCAAGAUCAACCUUCCGGAGUCCAGAGUACAGGUGUGGUUCAAGAACAGAAGGGCCAAGUGCAGACAGCAGGCGGGCCAGGCCAAACCCCGUCCCAAGAAGAAGUCCGCCUCUCCCCCGCCGGCCAGCACCGAGGAGCAGGCCCCCACGUCCGAGUCCCCCAGCUGCAGCGACAGCUCCGUCAGCUCCACCCCCGUGCCGGUCGCCGUCACCAUCGGCAACACCAACGCCAGCCCCACCGCCGCCGUGUCCACCAGCUCCAUCUGGUCGCCCGCGUCCGCGCCCUCGGUCACCUCGGACCUCGGUUCCUGCACGUCCACCGUCACCUCCGCGCCUUCCUGCAUGCAGCGCUCGUCCUACAACCACGCCUACAACCACGGCGGGUACACGGCGCACGCUCAGACCUACUCCCCGGCACCCUACCCGCCCACCACGUACUCCACCUCGUACUUCGGCGGCAUGGCGGACUGCUCGUCCUACCUGUCCCCCAUGGCGCCCACGCACCAGCUACCGCCCGUCACCACGCUCAACCAGAUGAGCUCGGCUAACAUGUCCGCGCACUCCAUGUCUCACACCCCUCAGCUGUCCCCCUCCUCCAUGGGCCACGGGUCCCCCCUCAACAUGAGCACGCAGCCCGACUGCGUCGACUACACCAAACACGACCAGACGUCCGCGUGGCACAAAUUCCAGGUUCUGUGAAGCCGACUGGAGCCUAGCCGCGGGAACAUGGCAAUCAGCAGGACUGCUACUGUGUAGUACCCGUGUCUCUUCCUUCAGCGGACAGACGUCCCCUAUAAAACAUGCUAGUGUGUAACAACAGAACAGCUUUCCAUCCAUCCAUGUACAGACUGUCUCCGUUAACUAGGGCGUCUAUCUGUGGAAGGGAGCUGACGUCGGAUCUUACUUACUUAAACCGAGAUUUUGAACUGACUUCACCAGUAUUUAUUGUGAAGAAAGAAGAUGGUACAUUGAAAGGUUGUCUCAUUUGAAUUUUAUUUAUUUGUAGCGAGCGAGUUUCAGAUCAGUCAGUGAAUGGUUAGACUAUGUAUGAUAGGGGUUCCAAUGAUAUCAAACAGGGUUUAGACUUGCAAGGACCUUACAGAAAGAGACGUGCACUGUAUGUGCAGCUAACUAACUAGUAUCGUUUGUGUGUUAUCUUAAGAAUAGCGAAUACUCUGUUGUUUGUAUGACCCAGGUAUCAAAUUGUAGAGUCCGCUUCGCUUCUACCUAUAAACUUGGACGUUGGUAGUUGCAAUAUUCUGUACAUAAUAGUUUCCCAACGUGCUUGAGUUUUAUUCUCUAAUAACCAUGUAGAGAGCGUCCAUGACAACAAACCCGUGCUGGUUGGUACAGUUCGGUAUCCUCGGCCUUAAAUGGUUCAUCACAAAAUAAAUUGUAGUUGCUACCACCGCACAGUGACUAGUCUAGCAUGAUAAAGUUGACUACAUCAUGGUACUAAAUGUUUUAGGAUGAGCGCGUGGAUGAGAUAUUUUACUGGAGAUUUGAGAGAGAGAGUUCCGGAGCUUCUCGAAAGUUACCUGAAGCCCUUUGGAAAGAAUGUUCUCUUAAUUAAAGUGUCCUGGCAGAUGUAAAUAUGAUGUAUUUGUGUUCGUCGUUCAUGUCAAUACAUAGGAUACUGCCACCCUACGUCAGUGUUAUAAGAACGUUUGAAAGUACAACCGACGCGGGACGCCGAAACCCAGUGAAAAAUAGUCAGUCUGCUGUAGUUAGUCGUACCGGUGGCUAGACAUGCAGAGAUAUUGACGUUGUAUUUGCCACAUGCGUUCACAAAGGACGGCAUGUAUGAUCAAGUAUGGAAGAGAUGUUAAACAUGUGUUAAUCGUGCUGUUUAGAUCGGCGUUGUGGGUUGACCGACCGUGUUGUGAAGUUGUCAGAUACUGCACUGUACAGCCUUGUCAUGGAACAAAUGCGGAAAUUGUAUCCACAUCAUUUUCAGCACAAUCGCUGUAGUCACGGCGUUUUCAACCCGUGUAUGUGUAUGUUUGUGAGUACAUUGCACGACGCCAUUGUAAAGUCGUUCUAGCUGGUUGUAUUAAAUCUAUGGAAGAACACA